AUGGAGGAGGCAUCCGGUACCCAACAGCAGGCUCAGCCUGGCGCCGGCUCUGACUCCUCCGGGGGACCGCCUGCUACGUCCGCCCCUGCGCCUACAUCCAUUCCUAUACCUGCGCCGUCGGUCAAUUCGGCUCCCACGCCGUCCGUGAGUGGCAGCUCUGGUGCCGGCCAAUUGUCCAAGAGAAGGCGGGGUUUGGGCGUCGUGACGCCGAAUGCUUGCACCGAGUGUCGCAAAAAGCGCGCCAAAUGCGAUGGCCAGAAGCCGUGUGGCCGCUGCAAAGCCCAGAAGGAUGUCGAGUGCGUCUACGAGAUUCCAGUUCGCCAAUCCAAGGAGCACCUUCGAAGCGAAAUUGAGCAACUUCGCCACCGCCAGCGGUCCAGCGACCAGGUUAUUGCUGCCCUUGUACGCUCCGAUAUGUGGGAGGAUGUAUUGCAACGGUUACGAGGGGGCCAGUCCCUAGAAUCGGUCUCGGAAUGGCUAGGCGGUACCCUUCCCUCCGGCGGUGGUUCGAGAACAUCUCUCAGCCGCCCUACUGAGCAUGCCGGUGACGCGAACGCUGGCGGAUCAGGUGCCCGCACGGGGUUUCCAGGAUCGACACCAGCGCCAAUCAGAACGAGAAAUGUCGGAGGUCCUGGAUCUGUGGCCAUGAGCCCCAUCACAGGGCAAUCUAACUUGCGUCAGGAUAUCGAUCCCAACAGCCCGUGGCACCUCUCAUCGCACAGCCAGAGUACCCGGAGUAAUUCGCACCCCGAUGUGAUGAACUGGAGUGCAGACAACAAUAGUAACAAGCCGCCACAGGGCUUGUUCGAUACAUGGGGGGAGUCAACAAGCAACACGGAGACUUCAGAAGGCGGGUCCAAGUAUCAAGGCCUUGACCAGGUGCUCGCGCCGCUCGAUCUGCCAGAUAUGAAGCUGCCCCCUGAGGAUUGGACGAACAUUACCGACGAUGGCUCCCUGGUGCAGCACCUCCUGGCUCUAUACUUCUGCUGGGAGUACCCGACCUUUGCUUCCCUGAGCAAAGAGCACUUUCUAAGGGAUUUCCAGAAUGGCGUCCAUCGUUACUGCUCACCCAUACUGGUGAAUGCGCUCUUGGCCUUGGGAUGCCGGUUUUCCAGCAAGUCCAGCACGAGAGCGAACCCCAACGAUCCGUACACCUCGGGGGAUCAUUUUUUCAAAGAGGCCCAACGUCUAUUCUAUCUCCAAGACAACCACCACAAUCUAACCACAAUUCAAGCCUUGGGCAUAAUGUCGAUAAGAGAAGCAAGCUGCGGCCGGGACUCGGAAAGUUGGUAUUAUGCAGGGCAGAGCAUUCGUUUGGCUAUUGAGAUGGGUCUCCACCAGCUAGAAGAGGAUGGAGAUGACGACGAGUUUGCAGUGCAGGCUGCCACUUUCUGGGGCGCCUUUGCGCUUGAUCACGCGUGGUCUUUGGCGACUGGCUCACUCCCGCAAUGCUCUUGCUUCCCUCACUUACCGCCAAAGCCCGCCAUUAUCGACGACAUUGAGGCUUCCUUGUGGAUUCCGUACACGGAUGAUGGUAAGUUCUUACUGAGUUUACAAAACACACCAAGCAUGCCAAGUGCACAAGGCUCAACGUUUCCGUCAGGCGCCCCGUUGCAGCGAUCAGCUGAGCAGCCUUCCAACGUCCGGUCUGUGUACAAGUGCUUUUGUGAACUGAGUGAGCUUGUCCACCAGAGUCUCUAUAUCCUCCACUCCCCAGGAAGACCGUUGACCAGCCGUGACCUUUUGGGCAUCUACACCCAAUAUCUCAACUGGUAUGACAGAAUACCAGAGGUGCUGAGACUGGGCCAUAACUUCACGCCCGCCGUGCUCUUUGCCCACAUGUACUACCACUUUGCCAUUCUCCUCCUCUUCCGGCCGCUCAUCAAGCUGAGAAUAAUCGGCUCCAAGCUGCUGCCGCGGGACGUGUGUGGACAGGCGGCCGAUGCCAUUCAAGGCCUUCUGCGGUCAUAUUCACAACUCUAUACUCUUCGCAGGACGCCGUCCUUCGUCCCAUAUUUUGUCCUCACCUCGUCCAUCAUGCAUUUGGCCAUUGGCGCAGCAUGUGCGCCGCAGCAAAAGGGGUUCGAAGCAACAGCGCAAUCCAACGUCGACCCCCCCGCCCAGCCGCCAUACCCGCCUCGCGUUGUGGAGGCAAUCAAGCAGGGCAUCAGAGACUUGGAAGAGAUGGCACCGUGUCAUCAUUUCGCAGAACAGGCACUAAACAUCCUGCGAUACCUAGCCAAGAAGUGGAAUAUAGACGUCGACAUGGGCGAAAUGGUCCGGUCAGAUGCUGAAUACGCGCACUUGGUCAGGCCAUAUACAAGCAGCCUCAACUUCUUUGCACCAAACGUCAUUGAGGAUGACUUCAUUUGCACCUGGGGCGGCAGCACCGACGAGACCGAGAUGCCGAACCCAGAAACGGCAAUGGGCGCCAAGGGAACAGAGGCCGAAAAGCCGUCGGUCUCGCGGGCGGCCAAGGUCCUGGAGAACCCUCUGUUUUGGCCGUUUCCGAUGCAAGGGCGUCCGAUGCUACCCACGGGACGUGAGCUUGAAAAGGCCGGGUUUGAGAGGAUCUAG